CUACCGUGUAGUCGUCCACUCUUUGCGUUGCAACUUCGCACAAUCCACAUUCAUUACAUACAUAACCCAACUCAAAUCAAAUCGCCUUCCUUCGAAAUGGUUUCGUUCAGCCUCAUUGCCGCCGCCGCGGCUUCUACCCUCUUUACCUCUGCCCUGGCUGGCACCGCUUACCUCGAGAACAACUGUGCUUACCCUGUUUGGGUUCUAGGCAGCUACAGCGGCACCGUUACCAAGAUCGCGGCCGGAGGCAAAUACACCGAAGGCUUGAAGCCUAACUUCCCUGCAUCCAUCAAGAUCUCCAAGAGGGUGCAAAAGAAAGAUGAGUUUGCCGAGGAAAUCACCCAGUUCGAGUACAAGGUCGACGACUACCUCUGGUACGACACGUCUUUCAUCGACUGUGCCGACACCAACAUCAAUACCUGCCCUGGAUGGGCUGGCGGCGUCAAGAUUUCGGCCACCAAAGGUAACUGUAAGACCGGUCUUCACCUUCCUCGUGGCACCGACCCAACCCAAGCCUACUUCGUCCCCAGCGACAACGAUUCCGUCAAGAGCUGCGACAUUCACGAGAACAAGGGCGACAUCACCAUGACCCUCUGCAAUGCUAAGAAGGCCAAGAAGAGCCUUGCUGGCCGUUUCGCUUACGAGACCGAGGAGUGGGAGGAGGACCGCGAGGUCCACGACGAGUAGAUCGCGUCUACGAUAGCCAAGCCGGGGUUGAGCGAUGCUUUGAGUUGUAAUUUUCGUGGGACGGACUGGGAGAAGAUGAUUAUCAUGGAUUCAUGAUGUAUGCAUGCACUCUUGUCUCUUCUUCAUUGCUAUCUAGGUGAUUUAUUGGUUUGGGUUCUAGAUAUGGAGGAGUCACCUGGAUACUAGUUUUCGUUCUUGCCCUGUAUAUUCGUUGAUAGAGAGAUACCAUUGUCGCUAUUGUUUUGUUUGCUCACUUCUUUUCCUACUAUUCUCACUAUACGUUUUCACAUGCUUCGUAUCUCCUCGCCUAUCGUUCCUUGUCGUCUAUCAUCCAUUCUCUUCAUCUAAAACGUCGUGAACGCUAACUACCUUGGUUCGCUGUGCUGCAAGUGUUCAAUGCGCCUCUUGCCGACCGAGAACAUUAUUUGUCUUAGGGAAUGAGAUCUACAAGAUCUACAAAUACCAUGUUAUUCUACGUCUACUCUUCACUACUAUCCGACUAACCCGGUCAUCUUCUUAUUUUGGACGUGUUGGCUCCCGGUUGGUUUCGUGGGUGUUGAGAAAGUUUACGUAUUGUUGGGCUGUUCUGGCCAAAAGGCCAUUUCCAACACCAUGGACAACACUCGCUUGUAGCUGGGAGCCACGCAUGCAUCCUGCAUCUCCAUCAUGUCGUACAUAUAGAUGCACAUCAUUCAUCACAUUGUUCCUUGCUCUUCCCCACGAAGUCUUCGCACUAAAUAUAUCUGCACUUAGAGCAAGUCUUUCGCUGCGGACAAUACCCAAAUUCCAAUACUCUUCACUCAAGGGCCUGCGCUGCGUCCGCCGGCUGAUA